CGUGACUACUACCGGCGCGCUGUGACUCGUGAGUUUCGCCGUUGUCAGACCCUCAACGCCCUGGAAGAGAGGGAGGACGCGCUGAAGAGAGGCCAGUUUUUCCUCAGCAGUGGGCUGGGGGGUUUGGUGUAGAAGAGCAGUGAGGGAUUGAAAGAUCGAUGGCAGGAGUGAACGGAGAUCGUAAGGGGAAGAAAGAUGACAAUGGGCUUGGCACAGCGAUUGACUUUGUUCUCUCCAAUGCAAAGCUGGUGCUGGGAGUCGGGGGUGCAGCCAUGCUUGGUAUCGCCACUCUGGCGGUCAAGAGAAUGUAUGACAGAGCUCUUAGUGCUCCAGCCAGCCCCACUAAAGCUGACCAAUCAGGACGGAGAAGUUGGGAGGAGCCGAGCUGGCUGGGGUCAUCACCACGAACACUGAACCGUGACAUGAAGCAUAAUGUCAGCCGUUCUCUUCAGACGCUCCCCACCUCCUCCAGCUCCUUCAAGCCAGAUUCUUUGCGUCGUGUGAUGUGUCGUGGCAGUGGUAAGGCUGAGCUCCAGAGGGCACGGAUGCGUCUGUCACUACAAGAACACCUCUGGACCUUCUUUCAUGAGCGAGUGGCGAUCCCCUCUGAAGAGCAGGCUGUGGCUCGACGUGCUGCAUUGGAUAUCUGUGCCGAGCUCCGAGUCUUCCUCCAUGCCAAAUUACCUGAUAUGCCCUUACGAGAAAUGUACCUCAGCGGCAGUCUUUAUGACGACCUCCAGGUAGUGACUGCAGAUCACGCCCAGCUGAUGGUACCCAUGAUUCUUGAGAAGAACCUCUGGUCAUCCAUUCCUGGUGAGGACACCAUCAUGAAUGUUCCCGGCUUCUGGCUGGUCCGUCGGGAAAACCUUGAAUACUUCCCUCGUGGGAGCAGCUACUGGGACCGUUGUAUGGUGGGCGGCUACCUUUCCCCAAAGAGCGUUCUGGAAGUCUUUGAAAAGCUUGUUGCUGGCUCCAUUAACUGGCCCGCAAUCGGUAGCGUUUUAGAUUACAUAAUUCGUCCGGUGGUUCCAUCUGAAACGCUAACGUUGGAAGUGCAAUACGAAACGGACCUUCGCCUUUACAUAGACUUCCUCCCGUUGCUUGUUAUGGAAGAUGGAGCCUCGCUGAUCGCCAAACCGCAUCGAUUGGCCGCCGAACGGCACGAGAAUUUAUGGCGGCAGAGUUUUCGAGUGGCAGAGACGGCAAAGCUACGUGCUCUCGAUCAGGAAGAUGGCGGGUGUCGUAGCGCUUGUCUCAAAGUUGUUAAAGCAGUGUGUAAACUCAAUCCCGCACUGGCACGAUUAAACGCAAGCCAGCUCACUAAUGCAAUCCUUCUCCUAAGUGAACAGGAAGGCGAUUGGACUCAGGAAGCACUGGCUGACCGUUUUUUGCAGCUGCUUCGUGCACUAGUGGGACACCUAGAGGCUGGGAGGCUACCCUGCACCCUAAAUUACAAAGUCAAUCUAUUCUGUGAGCUUACUCCACAGGAAAUCGAUGAACUGGGAUACACUCUAUACUCCGCAUUGUCCGACCCAGAGAACCUGCUGAGAACUGUUUAACAAAUAUACGUACGGUCACACACUACCACUGUUUGGCCCCUGUGCAAGGCCUAGACCUGUGGUUCACAACCCUUUUCCUGGAGGACCCCCAACACUACACAUUUUGGGUAUCUCCCUAAUCAAACACACCUGUUUCAACUCAUCAGCUCAUUAGUGGAGACCCCAAAACCUGAAUGGGUGUGUCAGAAAAGGGAGAUAUACAAAAUGUGCAAUGUUGGGGGGGCCUCUAGGAACAGGUUUGAGAACCACUGGCCUAGACAAACUGGCUUUCUUUUCUGAUGUGUCCUGGUAAUACCUGCAAGUAAUACCACCUAAUCUUGUUUGUCAUAUUAUAUAUGGCCCUUCGUAUAUCGUUAAGGUAUAUGUGGCUCUCCUAAGGAUGUUUUGAAGAGUCCAUCAGUGCUCCAAACACUCAAACUUUUAAGAUUUACACAAUUUAAUCUCAUAAUAAAAUUACAACAAAUUGAAUUGUGUAAUUUUUAACAAAAUAAGAUAAUCAAGCUUGUAUUUUUUAUAUAUAUAUAUAUAUAUAUAUAUAUAUAUAUAUAUAUAUAUAUAAGAUUGAAUUACUUUAAUUUAUGUUAAAUUGAAAAGGAUUUCUCUGAAACAUUUUUCUUUCCAGUUUAUGUCAGCAUUCAUUCACUCACUCCAAUUUUGAUUAAUGAACAAAGAAAAACAUAAUUGAAGUAAAAACAAAAACAUGUUUUACCAUCCGUGCUGUUAAAACAUGCAAAUGACCUAGAAUUGAAGCUGUGCUAAUGGAGUAACGUUAUUUUUUUGUUUGUUGAAAUUGCUGCAAACAUUGCUUGUUUUCAGCUACAUUCUGAUCUUUCUAAAGUUUGUCAUACAGACUUUCCAGGAGAGUGGUGGAUGUUAAUUGUUAAAACGGGUUACUAUCACUCUGAGAACUAAGUAUUUAUCUGAAUGAAUGCAUCUUAUUUAAAUGGCUAAACAAAGAGCAGAAUACCGUAUGUAUAAAAGACGGCUAAUAAUCCAAGACAGCCCAUGCAGACUGGUUCCCAUCUCUUAUUUUUCUGGUGCUGUGUGUAUUUUUCUGGUGCUGAGAUGUAAAUGAGCUUAAUAAAAAAGACAUUGUAGUAUUUUUCUAUUGAUUGUACUGAUGUAACCAAAAAAGUUGUGAAAAUAUUUAUGUAUAUCUUGUCAAGAUCAUACUUUGUGAUUCGAGUGUUGAUUGAUAGAACAAAAUAUCAAAUAGGCUAGGUCUCUAUAAUGCCAAACCUUGCGGGAGAUGACGUGUUGAAUUGAAGCAUUUAUUUAGCUUGCGUAACCGGAACACCUGUGUCCACCUGUGUUAUGUCGCAGAUACACAUUUAUCCUGCAUAUUAUAUUUAUAUGUCUGAGCAACAAAUCCAAAGUAGACUUCAACUUUUCUCUUGUGGGUUUAUAGCUUGGCCUAGUACUUUGCAUGAUGUUUGUGUAUUUGUUUCUUCAUUUGCAGGUAAUUUAUAUUUUUAUUAGAGAGCACUUUGUAUCAUUUAUAAAUGUUCUAAGAGUUGUUUUUCUGUGCCUCUUGUCUCUGUGCUGCUAUACAGAGCAAAGGAUGGAAAUAAAAUAGAA